AUGGGUCCAGUGCUUUAUUUGUGUCGAGUAGAAAAGUUCUCGGCUGCGCACCGCUUAAACUCCUCGCAUUUGACUGAAGAAGAAAACAGGCAAACUUAUGGAAAAUGUAACGGAAUAAACUUUCACGGGCAUAAUUAUACCGUCGAAGUAAUUGUAAGAGGUGAGUUCCUUACAGUAUUUGUUUUAUAUCAAAUAAAGAAAGAUCCAAAGACAGGCAUGGUCCUAAACUUGACCGAUUUGAAACGUUACAUGGAAGUUGCAAUAACGAAUGUUUUAGAUCAUAAGAAUUUGGAUCUCGAUGUUCCGUAUUUUGCAGAGAACCAACUGCCGAGUACAACAGAGAAUUUGGCCGUUUUCAUAUGGGUGAAUCUUUUGAGGACGUUUCCGAGAGAUCGUAGCUAUGAUUUGUACGAGAUUAAACUACAUGAAACCGACAACAACUAUGUUAUAUUCCGCGGCGAAGGAUUAUAA